AUGCCAGAACGAGACAAGGAACGCAAUAAAGGACAUGGUGAACAUGGUGAACAUGGCGGACAUGGAGAAGCUGCCAAUUACUAUGGUCAGUAUUCCCAGCAAUCGGGAUACCCCCCUCAGUCAGGUUAUCCUCAGUCAGGUUAUCCUCAGUCAGGUUAUCCCCAGUCAGGUUAUCCACAACCAGGCUAUGAAGACCGAAAUAAAGGCUAUCCCCAGUCAGGUUAUCCGCAGUCAGGUUAUCCAGGCUAUGAAGACCGAAAUAAAGGCUAUCCAUAUCCCCCACAAGGCUAUCCUCAAGAAGGAUAUCAUCCAGGACAAUAUCCUCCACCCGAUGCAUACAAUCCAUAUGGUCCCUCAGGCGGGUAUUCACCGACUCCUCCACCAACAACUGUCGUCGUUCAGCAAACAGAAAAGAAGAGUAGCAGAAAUGACUUGUGUUUAGGCUGCGCUCUCGGUGCUUGCAUAUGCUGCUGUCUCGAAUGUCUCGAUUAA